AAACCCCCGAACCCAACACAAGGUUCGCAAACCUUGAAGUAGAGCAAACCCGAAGCACACCUACUUGAAUCCUCCUCUGGUUUCGAUUCCUCCCUUGGCAUAGUGGAACUAGGUUGAGGUGUUGAUAAGAAGAUCUCCGUCACUACACUGUCCGAGCACUCAGCAACAGAAAACCCAAAGCUGACGGACCAAAACAGAACCAAAGAAGAAGAAGCAAAUCCCAUUACCGUGAUUACCUAUCUUCUCCCUCUCCAAUUUCCAUAGAUGGAAUUCCCCUAAAGAAUCCCCCAAAUCGAAGAUGGAAGGGAGUUCUGCUUCUGUUAAUUCCCAAGUGACCAAGAAUGGCAAAAGGAAAUGGACUUUGGUUGAUGAUGCAACCCUUAUAUCUUGCAUGAUUGAUAUAAGGAAUAUGAGCACCUACAAUGCCGACACAAGGUUUAAGUUUGCUAUUGCCAGAGCUUGAGAAAAUGCUUUUGGAAAAGCUCCCAAAUUUCAGUAUGAAGGCGAGACCUCACAUUGAAUCUCGAUUGAAGACACUGAAAAAUGAAUGGGCUAUCGUGUAUGAUAUAAUACUAAAUACAUUAGGCUUUGGAUGAGAUUCAACACGAAAGAUGGUAACAGUGGAAGACAAUAUUUGGGAGGCUUAUGUUGCGACUCACAAAGAAGUCGCUCUAUUUAGACUGAAAAGUUUUUCCCAUUUCGAAAAAUUAUCUUUGAUAUAUGCGAAGGAUCGAGCUACUGAAAAGGAUGCUCAAACUGUUGAAGAUAUUCUCAAAGAGCUGGAGAUUGAAGAUUUGACUGGAGUAGUCGAAGAAGCUGAUGUGAAUCCUUCAAAUCAAAAUGAAUCUGCCAAUGCAAAUAUCCCUACAUCAGGUGACAUUUCUUGUGCUCAUUUGCCACCUACAGAGGACCCGAGAAGUGCUUCUGUAGGAAGAAAGAGGGAAAAGAAUGAAAGUCACUGCUCAGCAAUUUCUUAGGCUAUGAAUACUAUGACAGCCGACAUGAAAGAGGCUUGUCCGAUGCUCUCAAAAAAUGUUCACUCUGACAUCAUUUAAGAGAAGUUCCUUAAACUUUUGGGAGCUCUUCUUAGUGUUGAUGGCCUUGCCUCAGCAGAAGUGCGCAUGGCUAUUCGAAAGUUCGGAGACCAUCCGAAUGAAGUCUUGUUAUUUUUUGGUACCAAUCUUGAAGACCACUUGGAAAUGGUUCGGGAUUUCCUUGUAAAUCAAUAAAGGAAGAUUACAAGUUAAACUUCUUUGUUGAGUUUUUUUGGGCUCUUGCUGUUAAGGUAAAAAUGAAAUUGUGCUAAUGCUGAAAUAGUAGUUUGAUUCUUUUGUACAAUAAUAAUAGCUGUGAAGGUGAUUUGAUAUUUAUAUUUUGACAGCUAUCUAUUGAGUGUUAUUUUGGUUUUUAUAUUUUCGCAGUUAUCUUUUGAGUGAUGUUAUAAUGGUGCAAUGGAAAAAGUCAUGAAAUUUGUUUGGUGUCACUGCUCUUUUUUAGUUGGUGGAAGAAUGAAGUACAAUUUGCAGCGGACGUUUUAUUCAAAGUAUGGAGCAUAGCAAUGUACGAGGAUGGUGGUGUUACCGAAAUUAUGAUUAGUAUAGCAGGCAAACUGCUACGUGGAAUCUUUCCGGAGAGAACUGAUCAUACGCUUCCUCUCCUACAAAAGGCAAUUGGACUUUAGACGUCGCGAACCCUAGCCCCCGAUUUUCCGCUAUCGUCGAUCAGAGAGAUGGAACAGUCCCUCUCUUCCCUCACGUUCAAAGGUUCAAUUCCAGAAGCUAUUUCUGAAGCAAAGAUACAGAAGAAGAUCUUUGUUGUAUACAUCUCAGGUGAAGAUGCAGACUCGAUCCGCAUGGAAAAUUCUACUUGGGUAUAUCAUAAAGUUUCAGAGUCGAUAUCAAAGUACUGCAUUUUGCUCCAGUUAGCAGAGGGGAGUGCUGAUGCUGCCAACUUUUCGAGGAUAUAUCCUCAGAAUUCUGUUCCUUGCAUUACAGCUGUUGGUUAUAACGGCGUUAAAAUUUGGCAACAAGAGGGAUUCAUUGAUGCUGAAAAUCUUGCAUCCAGUCUUGAGAAGGCAUGGCUAAGUUUUCAUAUUCAGGAAACAACCGCCAGUGUUAUGGCUGCAGCACUUGCUAGAACAACAUCGGAACCAUCAACUUCUCAAGCUUCCCCUGUAACCUCAAAUGAGGAAGGUAGUUCCUUGAGUGCAGUUCCUCCUCCAUCUGAUGGCCAUAACCAGUCAUCUGAGACUACAGCAUCUCUAAUAAUCGAGGAGAAAAGAAUUGAUGGAAAAUCUGUCAAGGAGGAGUCGACAUCUUUAACUGAACCAGUAAAAGAGCAAUCGAGAUCAAUGGUGAUUGAAACUCAUGAUUCUGGACAUGAUGAUCAGUACUCCAAGAUGGGAAAUGACUGCCCUAGCUCUGAAGCAAAAUCGAAGAAUCUCUUAGAAAUUCCAGAUGGUUCAAGCUCCACACAAGUUUCAUCGGAUUUCGUUCAGUCCAAUGAGAAGUUGGGUUCUGUUGAGCCAGAUUCAACGCAAAAUCUUCCCAGUACCAGCAGAUCGAGUGAUGUUCAUAUGAAUAUUCGAUUGCCUGAUGGGGUAAGCCUACAAGAUAAGUUCCCGGUCAUGAGCACUCUGAGGACAGUCAAAGAUUAUGUCGAUGAAAAUCGAGCCGAUAUUGGCUCCUAUGACCUGGCGACUCCUUAUCCUCGAAAAGUAUUUAAUGAUCAAGAUUUGAGCAAAUCAUUAGCGGAAUUGGAGCUGCUCGGCAGGCAAGCACUGAUAGUAGUUCCUCGUAAGAGCGGCCGAGGCAAUAAUAGCAGAAGGGGUGCUUCCAUUUCCUAUAACCAAACAGAUUCCUCUGCUCCUGACUUGUCCAGCCAGAAUGAUGAAGGAUAUUUUACAUUUGUAAGAAGGGUUUUGUCUUACCUCAACCCUUUCUCUUAUCUCGGCAGUGGUGGCAGUGGAGGCUCUUCUAGUUCAGGGCAGGACUCCAGUGCUGGCACAUGGGAAAACCGACCGAACCCUAAUCUUCGAGAUGAUUAUGCAGCUCAAGAGAGACCAUACUCUCGAGACUUUGCCCCUCGGGAUACAAUUAGAAGCAGGAGGCUGACAACUUCGCAAUUUGGCAGCAACAUACACACGCUCAAGCAUGACGAUGAUGAAACUCGAUUCAGGGACAGGAAUUCCUUUUGGAACGGAAAUUCUACGCAGUAUGGAGGUAAUGAUGAUGACCGCACAUAGAGAUGUGGACCAGAUCAGUGAUUGCAAGACUCCCCGUUUGUAAGCUUGCUUUUCAUGCUCGAUCAGCCUAAAUAUCCAUCUCUUCCUGUAAUGCUGACAUGUUGUAACGGAAAGACGGUAAUAUCAUUACACGUGGUGUUUUUUCUCAAAUAAAAUCAAACAUUUCAAUUUUGAUUUUAAUAA